GUGGUGAACAGGUUUAGAGAGGAGAGAGUGGUGGUGAACAGGUUUAGAGAGGAGAGAGUGGUGGUGAACAGGUUUAGAGAGGAGAGAGUGGUGGUGAACAGGUUUAGAGAGGAGAGAGUGGUGGUGGUGAACAGGUUUAGAGAGGAGAGAGUGGUGGUGGUGAACAGGUUUAGAGAGGAGAGAGUGGUGGUGAACAGGUUUAGAGAGGAGAGAGUGGUGGUGAACAGGUUUAGAGAGGAGAGAGUGGUGGUGGUGAACAGGUUUAGAGAGGAGAGAGUGGUGGUGAACAGGUUUAGAGAGGAGAGAGUGGUGGUGAACAGGUUUAGAGAGGAGAGAGUGGUGGUGGUGAACAGGUUUAGAGAGGAGAGAGUGGUGGUGGUGAACAGGUUUAGAGAGGAGAGAGUGGUGGUGAACAGGUUUAGAGAGGAGAGAGUGGUGGUGGUGAACAGGUUUAGAGAGGAGAGAGUGGUGGUGAACAGGUUUAGAGAGGAGAGAGUGGUGGUGAACAGGUUUAGAGAGGAGAGGGAGGUGGUGAACAGGUUUAGAGAGGAGAGAGUGGUGGUGAACAGGUUUAGAGAGGAGAGAGUGGUGGUGGUGAACAGGUUUAGAGAGGAGAGAGUGGUGGUGGUGAACAGGUUUAGAGAGGAGAGAGUGGUGGUGAACAGGUUUAGAGAGGAGAGAGUGGUGGUUGUGAACAGGUUUAGAGAGGAGAGAGUGGUGGUGGUGAACAGGUUUAGAGAGGAGAGAGUGGUGGUGAACAGGUUUAGAGAGGAGAGAGUGGUGGUGAACAGGUUUAGAGAGGAGAGAGUGGUGGUAGUGAACAGGUUUAGAGAGGAGAGAGUGGUGGUGGUGAACAGGUUUAGAGAGGAGAGAGUGGUGGUGAACAGGUUUAGAGAGGAGAGAGUGGUGGUGAACAGGUUUAGAGAGGAGAGAGUGGUGGUGAACAGCUUUAGAGAGGAGAGAGUGGUGGUGGUGAACAGGUUUAGAGUGGAGAGAGUGGAGGUGGUGAACAGGUUUAGAGAGGAGAGAGUGGUAGUGAAUAGGUUUAGAGAGGAGAGAGUGGUGGUGGUGAACAGGUUUAGAGAGGAGAGAGUGGUAGUGAACAGGUUUAGAGAGGAGAGAGUGGUGGUGGUGAACAGGUUUAGAGAGGAGAGAGUGGUAGUGAACAGGUUUAGAGAGGAGAGAGUGGUGGUGGUGAACAGGUUUAGAGAGGAGAGAGUGGUAGUGAACAGGUUUAGAGAGGAGAGAGUGGUGGUGAACAGGUUUAGAGAGGAGAGAGUGGUAGUGAACAGGUUUAGAGAGGAGAGAGUGGUGGUGAACAGGUUUAGAGAGGAGAGAGUGGUGGUGAACAGGUUUAGAGAGGAGAGAGUGGUGGUGGUGAACAAGUUUAGAGAGGAGAGAGUGGUAGUGGUGAACAGGUUUAGAGAGGAGAGAGUGGUGGUGGUGAACAAGUUUAGAGAGGAGAGAGUGAUGGUGAACAGGUUUAGAGAGGAGAGAGUGGUAGUGAACAGGUUUAGAGAUGAGAGAGUGGUGGUGGUGAACAGGUUUAGAGAGGAGAUAGUGGUGGUGGUGAACAGGUUUAGAGAGGAGAGAGUGGUGGUAGUGAACAGGUUUAGAGAGGAGAGAGUGGUGGUGAACAGGUUUAGAGAGGAGAGAGUGGUGGUGGUGAACAGGUUUAGAGAGGAGAGAGUGGUGGUGAACAGGUUUAGAGAGGAGAGAGUGGUGGUGGUGAACAGGUUUAGAGAGGAGAGAGUGGUGGUGAACAGGUUUAGAGAGGAGAGAGUGGUGGUGAACAGGUUUAGAGAGGAGAGAGUGGUGGUGGUGAACAGGUUUAGAGAGGAGAGAGUGGUGGUGGUGAACAGGUUUAGAGAGGAGAGAGUGGUGGUGGUGAACAGGUUUAGAGAGGAGAGAGUGGUGGUGGUGAACAGGUUUAGAGAGGAGAGAGUGGUGGUGGUGAACAAGUUUAGAGAGGAGAGAGUGGUGGUGAACAGGUUUAGAGAGGAGAGAGUGGUGGUGAACAGGUUUAGAGAGAAGAGAGUGGUGGUGAACAGGUUUAGAGAGGAGAGAGUGGUGGUGAACAGGUUUAGAGAGGAGAGAGUGGUGGUGAACAGGUUUAGAGAGGAGAGAGUGGUGGUAGUGAACAGGUUUAGAGAGGAGAGAGUGGUGGUGAACAGGUUUAGAGAGGAGAGAGUGGUGGUGAACAGGUUUAGAGAGGAGAGAGUGGUGGUAGUGAACAGGUUUAGAGAGGAGAGAGUGGUGGUGAACAGGUUUAGAGAGGAGAGAGUGGUGGUGAACAGGUUUAGAGAGGAGAGAGUGGUGGUGAACAGGUUUAGAGAGGAGAGAGUGGUGGUGAACAGGUUUAGAGAGGAGAGAGUGGUGGUGAACAGGUUUAGAGAGGAGAGAGUGGUGGUGAACAGGUUUAGAGAGGAGAGAGUGGUGGUGGUGAACAGGUUUAGAGAGGAGAGAGUGGUGGUGGUGAACAGGUUUAGAGAGGAGAGAGUGGUGGUGGUGAACAGGUUUAGAGAGGAGAGAGUGGUGGUGCUGAACAGGUUUAGAGAGGAGAGAGUGGUGGUGGUGAACAGGUUUAGAGAGGAGAGAGUGGUGGUGGUGAACAGGUUUAGAGAAGAGAGAGUGGUGGUGGUGAACAGGUUUAGAGAGGAGAGAGUGGUGGUGGUGAACAGGUUUAGAGAGGAGAGAGUGGUGGUGAACAGGUUUAGAGAGGAGAUAGUGGUGGUGAACAGGUUUAGAGAGGAGAGAGUGGUGGUGAACAGGUUUAGAGAGGAGAGAGUGGUGGUGAACAGGUUUAGAGAGGAGAGAGUGGUGGUGGUGAACAGGUUUAGAGAGGAGAGAGUGGUGGUGAACAGGUUUAGAGAGGAGAUAGUGGUGUGGUGAACAGGUUUAGAGAGGAGAGAGUGGUGGUGAACAGGUUUAGAGAGGAGAGAGUGGUGGUGAACAGGUUUAGAGAGGAGAUAGUGGUGGUGAACAGGGGAAAGGAGAGUGCUAAAAUGAAAAUAAAUGCUUUAAAAUGGAAUAAAGAGAGCAAGGAAUUAUCCUGAGCAGAGGAGAGGAGAGGAGAGGGGUAUAGAGAUGGAGAGUAGAGAAGUGAAUUAUCCUGAGGAGAGGAGAGGAGAGGAGAGGAGAGGAGAGGGGUAUAGAGAUGGAGAGUAGAGAAGUGAGGGAUGGAUUGAGGCGAGAAGCAGAGGGACUUGGAUGACUAGCUAUUUGGAUGAUGGAUAGAGCAGAGCGGAGGAAUGAGAGUGGGGAAAGAGGGAGUCGGAUGAAUAGAGACUAAGUGAGGGAUGAGUGAGGGGAACGAAGGAGAAGAAUCUGCAGAAGAAAGAGAGGAGAGAGAUCGCCAUAGCUUCUGUUUUGAUAGAAGUUUGAACUUGGCACUUAACAGACGCUGCCCCCCCCCCUCCCUCUCCAUCCAUCCCUCCUUCAUUCAUCUCUCCCACUCAAUUCAAUGACAUGGCAUCCAGUUGUAAUGAACUGCUAUUGGCGGAGCUGCUAUUGGCGGAGCUAUAAAUUCCAGUGUUGCCGUUGCCCUCAGGGCACUAAUAUGUGGCGUGCGGCCAUUGAGCGGUUAACAGACACACUCAAUAUUUAGAGCCGACAUGGAUACCUCCCAGUCAUGUAGUUGCACCGUGGCCAAUGCUAACUUAAUGACUGUGUAAUGCGACUGUGGCACUGCUGCAGCUCUAUGGAGGCAGAACUACAGACACGUUUAUCACUGUCAGAGACACUACUGGCCUUAUUCAGUCAAAUAACUGCUAACCAACUGGGUUAUGGGGAUAAGUAUUUUAUGUGUCGGAAUAGAUUCUUCAUUUAUAUACUCUUAAUGUUUAGUCUAGGUUUUUCUACCGCGGAACGUUUUGAUUGGCUCAAACAUCAUGAUGUCUAAUGUUAAGGACGUAAUAUUAAACAUAUGACUUCAAACAUGCUUUCAUUCCCAGGAACGCCAGAAUAAGUCCUUAUUCUAUUCAUAGAAAUGGUGCAGACAAAACACCUGUUGUUUUGGAUUGAGUAGGAUGGGAGGUCUUUUGUAGUGGGUUGAGAUGUGUUUCCCGAUGAUUGAAGCCAUCGGAGGCAUUUCAGGAUAUUCAGAGAAGAAAUGCCAACGCAGAAACAUGUUAUGUGUGUGUGUGUUUGGACAAUAGAGUUAAUAUGUAGGCAGCAGUGGAGAGUUCUCUCUCUCUCUAUAUAUAUAUAUAUUAAUAUAUAUACUAAUGUACACUGCUCAAAAAAAUAAAGGGAACACUUAAACAACACAAUGUAACUCCAAGACAAUCACACUUCUGUGAAAUCAAACUGUCCACUUAGGAAGCAACACUGAUUGACAAUAAAUUUCACAUGCUGUUGUGCAAAUGGAAUAGACAAAAGGUGGAAAUUAUAGGCAAUUAGCAAGACUCCCCCAAAAAAGGAGUGAUUCUGCAGGUGGUGACCACAGACCACUUCUCAGUUCCUAUGCUUCCUGGCUGAUGUUUUGGUCACUUUUGAAUGCUGGCGGUGCUCUCACUCUAGUGGUAGCAUGAGACGGAGUCAGAACCCACACAAGUGGCUCAGGUAGUGCAGUUCAUCCAGGAUGGCACAUCAAUGCGAGCUGUGGCAAAAAGGUUUGCUGUGUCUGUCAGCGUAGUGUCCAGAGCAUGGAGGCGCUACCAGGAGACAGGCCAGUACAUCAGGAGACGUGGAGGAGGCCGUAGGAGGGCAACAACCCAGCAGCAGGACCGCUACCUCCGCCUUUGUGCAAGGAGGUGCACUGCCAGAGCCCUGCAAAAUGACCUCCAGCAGGCCACAAAUGUGCAUUGGGGCAUGGGGUUGAGGGUUGAGGGUUGAGCAUGGGGUUGAGAUCUGGAAACUGGCUAGGUCACUCCAGGACCUUGAAAUGCUUCUUACGAAGCCACUCCUUCGUUGCCCGGGCGGUGUGUUUGGGAUCAUUGUCAUGCUGAAAGACCCAGCCACGUUUCAUCUUCAAUGCUCUUGCUGAUUGAAGGAGGUUUUCACUCAAAAUCUCACGAUACAUGGCCCCAUUCGUUCUUUCCUUUACACGGAUCAGUCGUCCUGGUCCCUUUGCAGAAAAACAGCCUCAAAGCAUGAUGUUUCCACCCCCAUGCUUCACAGUAGGUAUUGUGUUCUUUGGAUGCAACUCAGCAUUCUUUGUCCUCCUAAGGCGACGAGUUGAUUUUUUACCAAAAAGUUAUAUUUUGGUUUCAUCUGACCAUAUGACAUUCUCCCAAUCUUCUUCUGGAUCAUCCAAUUGCUCUCUAGAAAACUUCAGACGGGCCUGGACAUGUACUGGCUUAAGCAGGGGGACACGUCUGGCACUGCAGGAUUUGAGUCCCUGGCGGCGUUGUGUGUUACUGAUGGUAGGCUUUGUUACUUUGGUCCCAGCUCUCUGCAGGUCAUUCACUAGGUCCCCCCGUGUGGUUCUGGGAUUUUUUCUCACCGUUCUUGUGAUUAUUUUGACCCCACGGGGUGAGAUCUUGCAUGGAGCCCCAGAUCGAGGGAGAUUAUCAGUGGUCUUGUAUGUCUUCCAUUUCCUAAUAAUUGCUCCCACAGUUGAUUUCUUCAAACCAAGCUGCUUACCUAUUGCAGAUUCAGUCUUCCCAGCCUGGUGCAGGUACAAUUUUGUUUCUGGUGUCCUUUGACAGCUCUUUGGUCUUAGCCAUAGUGGAGUUUGGAGUGUGACUGUUUGAGGUUGUGGACAGGUGUCUUUUAUACUGAUAACAAGUUCAAACAGGUGCCAUUAAUACAGGUAACGAGUGGAGAACAGAGGAGCCUCUUAAAGAAGAAGUUACAGGUCUGUGAGAGCCAGAAAUCUUGCUUGUUUGUAGGAGACCAAAUACUUAUUUUCCACCAUAAUUUGCAAAUAAAUUCAUUAAAAAUCCUACUAUGUGAUUUUCUGGAUUUUUUUUUCUCAUUUUGUCUGUCAUAGUUGAAGUGUACCUAUGAUGAAAAUUACAGGCCUCUCAUCUUUUUAAGUGGGAGAACUUGCACAAUUGGUGGCUGACUAAAUACUUUUUUGCCCCACUGUAUAUCUUUUUAUCUACCCCCCCCUCUCUCUCUCUGUCUGUCUGUCUGUCUGUCUGUCUGUCUGUCUGUCUGUCUGUCUCUCUCAAUUCAAUUCUCUCUCUCUCUCUCUCUCUCUCUCUCUCUCUCUCUCUCUCUCUCUCUCUGUCUCUCUCUCUCUCUCUCUCUCUCUCUCUCUCUCUCUCUCUCUCUCUCUCUCUACCUGUAUCUCUGUUUAUGUAAUUCCUCUAUAUUUAAUCAUCUUCUUUAUUAAACAUCAAUCUCUUAUCAUAGCCAGGUUGCUCAAGAUCUACUGUGAAAUUCAAAGUCCGUCCAGAUAAGCAGGACCUCGGGAGAUGACUUCAAAUCCGGUCACUAGGGGCGAUUACCAUCAAGUAGGGUUUUAUUAGGUCGUUGUGGACGGGAAUGGUGGAUGGGCGUAGGUUGUGAGGUUCGGCUCUGAACCGAAAAAUGGUUUAACCCUAUCCCAAAACCUUAACCCUUACCUUAACCUUUUAGAAUCAAUGUCUAAACUUAACCUUUCAAAUUUGACGUUUAUCGACAAACGUUGGAUUCUGUAGUGAGACUGUGAGAGUUUGUUUUUUAUUCUGCUCAGAGGCACACACACACACGCACACGCACACACACACACACACACACACACACACACACACACACACACACACACACACACACACACACACACACACACACACACACACACACACACACGACACACACACCACACACACACCACACACACACCACACACACACCACACACACACCACACACACACACCACACACACACAGAGAGAGCAGGUAGGCAGACUCUAGGGAAGGGGCAGUGUGAGUCUUUCUAACAUUGCAUUAAUAAGACAGGGUUUUCCCUAGAUAGGUAAAGGGGCUUAGGCGGGCUGGGGGAUGUUUACUAACAACUCCCUGGAGACACACUAAUUAGCUACUAGAUCAGAUGAAGGCCUUUCUCUCUCUGUUAUUCUGUUAUUCUCUCGCUCUCUCUCUCCCCCUCUAUCUCUCUUUCUCUCUCUCUCUCGCCCCCUCUCCCGCCUCUCUCUCCCUCUCUCUUUCUCCCUCUCUCUCUCUCUCUCUAUCUCUUUCUAUCUCUUUCUUCCUCCCCACUCUCUCUCUGUCUCAGGUAAUGGCUUCCCUCUGCAAAUUGGUUUUAUCACUCUCUUUGUGUUUGUGUCUCUCUCUCUGUCCUACUUGUCUUUCCUCUCGUCUUGAUCUCCAUGUACUCUCUUUCCAGAUGUCCUUUUCUCUUCCUCUGUUCCCUCGUCAGACGACUGCAUUCUGUUUCCUUUCCUAACUCCUCCCCUCUUCCUGUUUCUUCACUCCACCUUGUUAUUGAUGCAACACUUCUGUUCUACCUUGUCAUUUGUCUCUCAUCCACAUUCUCCUUUCACCGCCAGACGUCACACUCUCCCCUUUUCUUUCUCUAGGGGUUGUGCCCAAGGACCCAGGGGUCUUUCCUACUCUAUUAGGGGCCAUUACGGCUGCCAUGGUGUCUGCCUGUUCAGAAAGAAGAGAUGAAUCAGUCAUUAUGUUGUUAGGUACUGAAAGACCACAAGGGAGGCCAAGUCACUGCCAUGUAACUGUUAAUAAUGAGAUAAUAUGGACUACAAAUAUCUAUCUCAGAAAAUCAUUAUGAGGACAAAGAGCUAAAUAGACUGUGAAGGUUAGGGUUCCACUUUAUGAAGUGAAUUGAAUAGUGAAUUGUUUAGUGAGCUGAAUAGACUGUGAAGGUUAGGGUUCCACUUUAUGAAGUGAAUUGAAUAGUGAAUUGUUUAUUGAGCUGAAUAGACUGUGAAGGUUAGGGUUCCACUUUAUGAAGUGAAUUGAAUAGUGAAUUGUUUAGUGAGCUGAUUAGACUGUGAAGGUUAGGGUUCCACUUUAUGAAGUGAAUUGAAUAGUGAAUUGUUUAGUGAGCUGAAUAGACUGUGAAGGUUAGGGUUCCACUUUAAGAAGUGAAUUGAAUAGUGAAUUGUUUAGUGAGCUGAAUAGACUGUGAAGGUUAGGGUUCCACUUUAUGAAGUGAAUUGAAUAGUGAAUUGUUUAGUGAAUUGAAUAGUGAAUUGUUUAGUGAGCUGAAUAGUAAGUUGAAGCUUAUUGUAAGGUGGAGAAAGGCAUCAUUGCUUUUGCCUCGUGUUACUUCAGCAUCAGGAGAUUAGACCACUUAUCAGCCAGGCUUCCACUCUUUCAUUUGUCCUUUCUGAGGUGACGGAGGGGUGGAGGAAUGGAGGGAAGGGGGGAAGGGGGGAAGAGAGGGAGGAACUGUUCUACAUUUAGGAAUAAUGACACAUGCUGUAUUUUGUAUUGUCCAAAUUAAAAUAUUUUCUCUUUCUUUCUUUACCCCCCUGUCUUGUCUAGUUCCUUAUGAAGCUCCAGGGAUAACUGCACUAGAACUCUACAACCACCUCUGUACUGGUCUGAUCUGUGUGUGUGUGUGUGUGUGUGUGUGUGUGUGUGUGUGUGUGU